GGGAGAUAGGUGGAGGACAAAGGCAAGAAGAAUGCUCUUAUGGACGUUACUCUAAAGCCUUGACACUACUUUACUGAAAUCCCUUGUAAAAACAAAAGUGAUUAGAGAGUCUGGCUUGCUUUUGUGCUGCAAGAAACCACCUCCCAAGCUGUAGCUGCAGUACUUCUUUCAAUAGCCUAUACUCCCUAUAACACUGGAGUGCUGUCUCGGGAGCAUAACCCCUUUUUAAUUGGAUGCUGAAAACCUAAAGCUUUCUUUUUUUUUUUCUUAUACACAAGAGCAGUACGGUCACUAUAAAACUCUGAGAUAGAUCUUACAUUUUGGACCUUCAUGAAACAAGACGAGUGGUGGACACUGCAAGUGGCUGGACGGAAGAAGAGCAUGGCUAUGAGUAACGGGAAUGGAGACUUUAUGCUUCUCAGCAAUGGCAGCAUCCCAUCAAGAGCUACCAGUGCCGGCACCAUCCCCACCACCGAUGGAGACGCCUCCACAGCCAAACUGCCACUGCCCAAGGAGACACAAAGGACAAAAGUGAGUCAGAAUGGCAGCAUCAAACAGAACGGCACACUCAAACCAUCCUCACUCCCUUUAGACAGCCAAAGGCCUUCCAAGCUGAUGCCGCAGGCCUUACCUGCAUGCUGCCACCCGUGCCCCUUUCAUUCCCCUUCUUGUUGCCAUAACAGCCAGCAGGACUGUCAUUCAGUCGGCGGUGGCAGCACCGCACCUUCCCCGCUGACUCCCUGUUGCCCACAUCACCAUGCCGAGUACCCGGCCUUCUGCCAAAACCAUUCGCCUGUUCAUCCAACCUCCUGCUGCCUCCAACCCUCGCCGUCAUUCUGCUUGCAUCACCGCUGGCAGGAGCACUUCCAGAACCAGCCAGUUCUUCCCCAUGUGGCCAGCAUGAGCCCUGCAAGACCUUUCCGAUUCCCUAAAAGUUAUGCAGCACUGAUAGCUGACUGGCCUGUUGUAGUGCUGGGAGUGUGUACCGUGCUUAUCGUGGUUUGUGCACUUGUGGGGAUUUUAGUGCCAGACCUGCCAGACUUCUCAGAUCCCUUGUUGGGUUUUGAACCAAGGGGGACAGAAAUUGGUCAGCGGUUAGUUACAUGGAACAACAUGGUGAAAAACACAGGGUACAAAGCAACUCUUGCAAACUAUCCUUUCAAGUACGCAGAUGAGCAGGCAAAAAGUCACCAAGAAGACAGGUGGUCAGAUGAUCAUUAUGAAAGAGAUAAAAGACAAGCAGAAUGGGAUUUCAGCAAGGACAGCUUCUUCUGUGAUGUACCUGGUGAUCAGUACUCCAGACUGGUCUUCACGUCUGCUGAAGGAAAGAAUUUGUGGAGCAUUCAAGCAAUUAAAUCAAUGUGCAAUCUAGAUAAUGCACGAGUUCGAUCACAUCCACAGUACUGGGAUUUGUGCCAGCGCACCUCUCAUGCCUCAUGCUGCCCAAGCUGGACUCUGGGCAACUAUAUUGCCAUCUUAAACAACAGAUCCUCAUGUCAGAAAAUUACAGACCGUGAUGUUUCUCAUACCCUAAAAAUACUCCGCUCUUGUUCCAAAUACUACUACAAUGGCACACUGGGACCAGACUGCUGGGAUAUGACAGCUCGAAGAAAAGACCAAUUGAAGUGUUCUAAUGUGCCUCGGAAGUGCACAAAAUACAAUGCAGUUUAUCAGAUUCUUCACUUUCUAGUGGAUAAGGACUUUCUGAGUCCAAAAACUACAGAUUAUGUUAUGCCAGCUUUAAAAUAUAGCAUGUUGUUUUCCCCAACUGAAAAGGGAGAAACCAUGAUGAACAUUUACCUUGACAAUUUUGAAAACUGGAACUGUUCUGAUGGCAUCACAACAAUAACUGGGAUCGAGUUUGGAAUCAAGCAUAAUUUGUUCCAAGAUUACCUUUUAACGGAUACUGUGUAUCCUGCCAUUGCAAUUGUGAUUGUCCUUUUGGUCAUGUGUGUGUACACUAAGUCAGUCUUUAUCACCUUGAUGACUAUGUUUGCAAUCAUAAGCUCCUUGAUUGUCUCUUACUUCCUAUAUCGCAUAGUGUUUAGCUUUGAAUUUUUCCCCUUUAUGAACCUCACGGCACUUAUCAUCCUUGUUGGCAUUGGAGCAGAUGAUGCCUUUGUCCUGUGUGAUGUUUGGAACUAUACUAAAUUUGACAAGCCCAACUCUGAGUUGUCAGAGACAGUGGGGAUUACCUUGCAGCAUGCUGCCCUCUCUAUGUUUGUUACUAGUUUCACCACAGCAGCUGCCUUCUAUGCUAAUUAUGUCAGUAACAUAACAGCAAUCCGGUGCUUUGGUGUGUAUGCCGGCACUGCUAUACUAGUCAAUUAUAUUUUAAUGGUAACCUGGUUGCCAGCAGUUGUUGUUUUGCAUGAACGAUACCUGCUCAACAUUUUUACAUGCUACAAGACUCCCCAGCAGAGGGUGUACAACACCAAAAGCUUUUGGACUUUGCUGUGCCAAAAGAUUAAUAAGUUCCUCUUCACAGUGUCUGAAGCCUCAAGGAUAUUCUUUGAGAAAGUUCUCCCUUGUAUUGUAAUCAAGUUCCGCUACAUUUGGCUGUUUUGGUUCCUUGCCAUCACAGUAGGUGGGGCUUACGUUGUUUGUGUAAACCCCAAAAUGAAGUUGCCUUCUCUUGAGCUGUCCGAGUUCCAGGUCUUUAGGUCUUCCCAUCCUUUUGAACGUUAUGACGCUGAAUACAAGAAGCUCUUCAUGUUUGAAAGAGUCCACCAUGGAGAAGAACUCCACAUGCCCAUUACAAUUAUCUGGGGGAUCAUUCCAGAAGACAAUGGAGAUCCACUUAAUCCCAAAAACAAAGGAAAACUAACACUGGAUAGCCACUUUAAUAUUGCCAGCCCAGCAUCGCAGGUUUGGAUUUUAAAUUUCUGCCAAAAGUUGCGAAACCAGAGCUUCUUUUACCAAACAGACGAGCAGGAUUUCACAAGCUGUUUCAUUGAGACGUUUAAGCAGUGGAUGGACAAUCAAGACUGCGAUGAGGCGACAGUGUACCCAUGCUGCAGCCAGUCCACAUUCCCCUACAAGCAGGAAGUCUUUGAGCUUUGUAUAAAGAGAGCAAUCAUGGAACUUGAAAGAAGUACUGGGUAUCAUUUAGAUAGCAAGACUCCGGGACCCAGGUUUGAUAUCAAUGAUACAAUCAGGGGUGUUGUACUGGAGUUUCAGAGCACUUAUCUUUUCACACUGGCUUAUGAAAAGAUGCAUCAGUUCUACCGGGAGGUAGACAGCUGGAUCAAGGAGGAACUCCAGACUGCCCCUGAAGGCCUGAGCUCUGGGUGGUUUGUGAGCAACCUGGAAUUCUAUGACUUGCAGGACAGUUUAUCAGAUGGCACUCUAAUUGCUAUGGGACUGUCUGUGGCAGUUGCUUUCAGUGUAAUGCUGCUUACAACAUGGAACAUUAUAAUAAGUCUUUAUGCCAUUUUAUCUAUUGCUGGAACAAUAUUUGUCACAGUAGGUUCGUUAGUGCUUCUUGGAUGGGAGCUCAAUGUAUUGGAGUCGGUGACCAUUUCUGUUGCUGUAGGCCUGUCAGUGGAUUUUGCUGUCCAUUAUGGGGUGGCUUAUCGCCUCGCACCAGAGCCAGACAGAGAGGGCAAGGUGGUUUUCUCCUUGAGUCGGAUGGGAUCUGCUAUUGCCAUGGCUGCUCUGACAACAUUUGUUGCUGGUGCAAUGAUGAUGCCAUCCACCGUCCUGGCCUACACUCAGCUGGGGACCUUCAUGAUGCUCAUCAUGUGCAUCAGCUGGGCUUUUGCCACUUUUUUCUUCCAGUGUAUGUGCAGAUGUUUGGGACCGCAAGGUACCUGUGGUCAGAUUCCCCUGCCCAAAAAGUUACAGUGCCAAGCAUUUUCCAAAAGAACUUCAGCAGCUCCUGCCACCAGAAGUCAAAGUAAGUUGUGCCAAAUGAGUAAGUAUCAGCUGGAUGCCAGAAAUACUGAGGUUGAACAUGAGCACUAUGAACUAGAGCCUUUAGCGUCCAGCAGUGGGACCGUUGAGAAGGCACCAUCUGAAGAAGCAAAAAUGAGCUCCAGACUACACAAUGGAAGACCCACUCAGAACUGUAUGCACAUACCCAGUAACAAAGCAGAGGCUGAAAAAAGUGGAGCUCCUGAGAAGGGACCUAAGACUCCUUUAGACCAGGCCCAUGUAUGCCAUUAUACUACACAUAAUACAAACUGUAAUGUAAGAGACCCACACCAAUGUGUAGGCAUGCAAUGGAGCCCUCAUUCUCGUUCACAAAUUGGAGAUGCCUUUUGUGCCCAGUGCAUUUCUUCUGCUGCUAAUUCAUUAAAAGUUCAAAGUCCAAUGUCUCCCGUCGAUAAAAUGCAUGCUUCUAUGGAAUGUCACGUGCAUUAUGUUCAUCAUGCCCACCCUCACUACCACUCUUGUUCACAAGGGAGAGCAAAGAGACAUGCAUCUCAUAGCUAUCACCUGAGAAACUACUGUGUACAUUCAGUCCACCAGCUCCACCAGCAACCCUGUGAACAUCAGGCUUCAGAAACUCAGAGCUCUAGGUGUGCAGAGGACGCCCUAAGAACUCUUUCUGACAGCACCAACCCAGUAAUUGACAGAAUUGUAGAUUCCACUAAGACACAAAGUGGAGCCGCAGCUUCUCAGUGUGGUGAAACACAAAACUGGAAAGUGCAGGGCAAUGACACAGGAAGCCCAGAUAGAGACAAAAUCAGUGGUCAAAACACAGAAAGCUGGGAGUUGGAGAAAAAUGAUCCCAAUGAAAAGAUGUCUGGUGGUCUUGAACAGUCAGAAACUACUUUCGUUACCCAUGAGAAGGUGAAGAAAGAUCUAACCAGUCCUCAGUGUAAAAGCAAGACACCUGCAGUCUCACCUGAAAAAAUCUAUUUUAACAGAACUUUGAAAGUUAAGUGCAAUUCUGUUGACUGUUCAAUUCCAACCUCUGAAGCCAAUGUGCCUGCUCUCUCAAUAAGUUCACAACCUUCAUCUGAAAGUUUAUGUUAACCUGAAUCCAAGACUUUCUAACAAUAAAACUCAAUAUAUCGCCAUGAAUUGAUGUGUUCCUUCUUAAUAAAUAUCUGGGAUUUCACAGACCAAAAUUAUCCUGUACAAGCAAUUAAGUCUCUUUGUUUUCACAAACAUUUUUAUCAGGAUAUUGUUUUAACAAUCAUUGGACAAGUGAUCAGGAUCUUUUAACAUGCAAAAAUCUAAAAAAGCUGCUUGGUAUAAUUUGCAGAAGUCCUUAAUUAAAAAUGGAAUUGUGGGGCAGCUAGACUUCCUUUUAUAAAUGGGCUGAAGUACAGUAAAUGUUUCUUCUGGGACUGGAAUUAAUAAGUAACACUCAUUGGUGAUGUUUUUUUUUUCUCAUGGCAGAUUGCCUGUGUAAUGACUUCAUUUUACCUCCUUUUGUGAUAGAUGUAUGGUCAUCUCUGAUGUUUAACAUUUAGUUUAGGAAACUGGAAUACUGAGAGUAUCUUGUCCAUUUUUCAAAACGCAGUGUGGGAGUGUGCUUCAUUUAGAGUGUUUUUUUCCCCAAGAAUCUGCUAAAAUGUAACAAAUCAUGGCCAUGACCUUUGAAAAUAUGCUUGAAGUUUGAUUUACUAGUGCAUUUUAAAAAAAUAUUUGAACCCUGAGAGAAUAUUUCAUUCUUCCAAAACCUAGAAGCUUUGAUCAGAACAGAUCUUGGAAAAGCAACUAUUACUUUUCAAAGCCCCACAUUCAUAUUGAUUUGUUUUUUUCAUGACUUAGGUUUUGUAUCCUUCUGUUAUCAAAUUUCACCAGCUUAAAAAAAAAAUCUUAAUCAUUUGUUCUUUGUUGUGCUUAGUGAUGUUGCUGAAGUGGUUUAUGGGGAUUUCAUACAUAUUUAAGUGUGGGUUUUGUCAAAUUAACUGACACUACAAAAACAACAAUAAUAUACCACUGUACUCACAAAUCCGGUAACCAGCAGCCAUGGUAGGUUGUUGGAGGCCUUUAGGGCUUUACUUAUAGUUAAUACUGACAGGUGUUGAAUUCCUAGACUUAAAAUGCUCUGCGCUUAAGAAGGGGCCCAGUGUCUUCAGUUGUAAGCAUUGCUCAGGAUCUUUCCAUAUUAAAAUACAGAUAUGUUUAAUGUUGGAUUCCAGAGUAUUCCAAUGAUACUUCUCGAAAAGUAAGAUCUUCAGCAACAGAAAGACCUUUAUUUUAAUUUGCUAGUAUUUCAUUGGUCUGCUUUCUUUUAAAAAUUUUAGUUGACAGUAGUUAGAGGUUCAUGGUUAAAACACCGUGAAAUACAAGUUGAGAGAGUUGCUUCAUCAUGUUUCUUAGAUGAGAUAGAUUACUGUAUCUGGUUGUUUACCUUGGAACUAGUCACCCAAAACCACUGUCAAAUGAAGUAAAAAUAGAAGAGAAAAGUGAAAACUGUAUUUAAUUAAAGUAAUCUUUUCAAAAUUAUUUAUUAAAAAAUAAACCUGUAAGGUAACAUGCAAAAUUUCUGAAGAGAUCUUAAAGUGAACAGGGGAAUUUGCUCAACAACUGAAUAAUAAUGUGUCUGCUUUUGUAUGACUAAUUUAAGUGCGGUGUAAUUAAUGUGCUGUAGUUUCCCAAACUUAAACUCCUCACUUGUGAUACACAAAGAAAUCACUUUUAUUUAUUUAUUCAGUCUUUAUUUACAUUUACAGUUCCUUCAUUUGAAAUGUGUCUUCAGAGUACUAGCGGUGACAUUUCGUUGCAGCCACUUUAUGGAAAAAAGUCUAGCUGUCUUCUUUUUCCAGGAAAAAAGGGAAUCAAUAACAUGAAUUUUAAAUGUUCUUAAGUUAUAUAUGUGUAUACAACAUUCAAAAUGAAAUGGCAUAUAUUGCUUAGGUGUUCUACAAUGGAAGGUUUACUAAGAAUCAAAAGACUGUAAUAAAGUUUUCCAUUCAAUUAUAAAA